AUGACCAGCGCAGCACCGCCAGAUACUGUUGUCGCGGCUAUGCGACUGGAACCGCUCCGCUUUGCGGGUUACGAGCAGCUGGACAGCGGCGACGGCGGCUUUGUGCACCUCAUCACCCCGCAGGGUGGACGUGUGCGCCUGUACCCGUCGCGGCCCUCCUCCCUAGUCGCUUUAUCACCCCUGCUACCACAACCGCCGGCGUCGCGCCAUCUUGCUUAUCCACCCUCACCCCUUCUACCGCAGCCCCUUGGUUGUAAGCUGACACAGAAGGUUGCAACACCCACAGCAGCCCUGGCAGAUGCCCGGCAGGUCCUGAAGGAUGCCGCUAUGCCGCACGCGUCGACUGCUGCUGUGGUGCCGUUGGCACCCCCGGAGGGGUUCGAAGUGGAAUUCUCCUUUUUAUCCUCCGAAGAGUCCUCGGCGGAACUGUCACGAGCAACGUCGAGAGGAGCGUCCCCGCCGCCCCAGCCGGCAGAGGCUGCUGCCACCGAGACAGAGUGUGUGGACCACGCGCCAACGGACACGGCUGACACUGGAGGCGGCGAGCCUACUGUGUUGGACGACACCACAGGCGAGCUAGAGGGCAGGGCAUUGGAGGAGAACUUCAUACCACACACGUUUGUUCACGGCACGGAGCUGACGGCGUCCGCAACGUCGCUGGCAGAGCUUGACGAUGAGCUGACAAAGUGCGCUUUGAUUCUAUUCGACGGCAGGAUUCCUCAGUCACCGCCGCUGCUGGGGCAAGCGGAAGCGCCUCCGCGGUGGUCGGAAGCAGUCAACUACCACCGUGCAGUCUUGCUGGGCUACGACGAUGCCGGCUUCGCGUACAUCGACGCGCAGGCGUUUGCGCAGCGGGUGUCGCCACCCCAGGGGUGGCGUCUGUUCCCCCUCCCGCUGCUGGUGUGUGUGGCAGCGAGAUUGAGUCACUUUUACCGCGAUGCUGAGCUGGCAGACAGAGCAGGUGAGCAAAGCACCGACCCCGGUAUCUCUGGCUCCGCGCUGCGUUACCCGGUGCUGCCGAGGCCCGCAAGGACUACUACUGCUGGGGGCAGCGGAGAAUUUGAGAGCGGAUGGCUGGGCCGCAAUAGCAGCACUCGUGCAACCGUAUUCCCGCCUCCUUACCCGGCCCCGGCAUCUGGCGAGCCACCUGUGUCGAUGUCAUCGGGCACAACGCCGCCUGCCUCGUCCCUGACAUCACUCACGUACCUGAGUCCGCCCCUGCGCUGGCGUCUGCCGACGUGCGGCCACGCCCCGAUGCUGGACCUGCAGGAGCUGUUCCAGGUGCAGCCGAGCCGUGUGUAUCAGCUGGCGCAGCCGCCGGGGGAGGCGGUGUUCCUCGGCGUUGCGCUUGGAGUGCCAUGGAUUCGGCCGGUUGUAUUGGCUACCGCGACACCCUCCAGUGUAUCGUCGUCGUCGCCAGUGGCGGAGCGUCGCGGCGCCAUGCCACACGAAACUGCCCCCUUGACUUCAUCGCCAGGAUCGCAGCCACCGGCCGGGUAUCGCUGGAAGGAUAUGUUUGCCUGGGCGGUACCGCUCGUUGGGUGCCACGACGCGAGCGAGAUUCGAGCCCGUCACGGCCUCAUAGACCCGACACCAGCUGCGACGGAUGUGCUCCCCGUAGCUGCGGUUGCCGAUACCCAAGGAUCUGCAACACCCUCUGUGCCGCCAUCAGCAGUUGUUGGUGCAGUGCUCGAGGGGUCGGAGCAGGCACCAUCACCGCAGACCAAUGAAGCCGACGAUGAGAGCAGCAGGACUUCCGCCCCCCUGUCGCCUCCGCCUCAGUCGCCGUCGCCCAAGCCUCUCACUGCCGCUGCGCCGUUCUUUGUGAAAGAAGGCACCACUGUCUUCGUGCCUGGCCGCUUCGGUGUGAUGCUCGAGUGCAACACCAAGCCGGCGCUGAUGGUGGCUCAUUUUGGCGUCGCGCACGGCGAUCGGCUUGUACCGCGCGCUCUGUCGACCCAUCCCGCAGCGGCGCAGCUUUCCGGUACACCAAAGCCAGGCGAGGCGCCGACUCCACCACUGCCGUCUGGAUCCUUAACCGUCAUGGGGCUGCACGGUAGAAACGUGCUCGUGCUGCUGGCAGAUGGCGAAGGGCAGACUGCAGAGCUGAUCCACAUUACGCGCGGUGCCGCAGAGGUGGCAGAGGCGUUUCGCAAAGUGGCAGGAGCGCCACUAUCGCCGCCUGCGCUGCCGCUGGAACCGCUCAGCGUGCCUGCAUUCUCAUUGGAGUCGACAAUUAUCACCGAUUCAGCAGCUGCUGUUCACUUGGUGGUCGAGGACGAGGACUCGCAGGAACGGCCGCAGAGGCUGGAGAAAGAGCGAUGGGAUGGCGAGGCGGCACCCAUGCCCCGCGCAGCGACUUGGAUUUCUACUGAGGAAACUGACGUCGUCAUCGUCCCUUCAUCAAUACCUUCUGCUGAGGUGCCGUUGAGCAUGUAUGAGGCAGCAGGGACGCAGGGUUCGGAGGAAGUGAGGGAAGAAGUCGGCACCGCUACACCGGUGGUCGAUGGGGCCUGGAAUGGAGUGCCACCACCGAUCAAAGCGGUAAUGCCAGCUAGCCGUAGCGAAGCCGGUGAGGGUGGUGCGCACAGCUCCUCGGAUCGCAUUAUGGACAUUUGGCAAGCAGCCCCAACAUCAGCCGCUUCUGCCCGGCAUGCAUGCCAAUGGUCGUCAGCGACGUCGUCCUCAGUGUCUGCGACAUCCCCCGAGUCACAGGCUUUGCCGCAAAGCCAGCACCAGCGGCAGCAGCGAAGUCUGUCGAAACAGAUCGCGGAGGCAAAAGGAAACAAUUCAGGUCCUUCCACAGCUAGAGUCGACCCAUCAAGCACUCUCACGGAGGAAGUUGCGGUGCAGGCGACUGAGGUGUGUCCGACUUCUGCAGAACAGCUGGUUGACCCUGCAGAGGAGCUGACAGUCGUGUCUGUCGUGACGCCAACCACAAGUGGUGCGGCGCCGCUGAUGACUGUAUCAGCGGCCAACUAUACCACAACUUCCCCAAGCGGCGAAGUUGUGGUCGAAGCGAAGGCUGUUAGCUUUGUUGUCAAAGCUGCGAGCACCAGCACGCCCAGCGAGAAGGAUGUGCUUCUACACAACCUUGAAGUGGUCCCUGCCGAUGCUCGGCUGCACGAGAACUUGGAUCUGCAGCUGCUUGAGAAGGAGCACAGCGUGCGAGAUGAUGAAAUGGGGCUUCACCUGAAGCACGACGCCAGCUUAUUGGCUCAGGCUCUCUCCUCUAACCCCACGCCGAGCGUACGCUUGACUCCGUCGUCAUCGAUGACGCAACCAUCGAAGUGGCAUCCCACAGAUGACGUGCUGGAGAAGUCGCUUGCAGCGGAGGAGCACUUCAAUAGCGAUGGGGCCGACGUGUACCGCCUUCAUGCAGCACAGACGAGCGAUCACGAGGAGCGGAAUCAGCACUCGAGUGGCGCACAUGCCGGAGAUGAUAGCGCGUCCGAUGCUGCUUUUCAUUUGCCAUCGCUGCUGGCGCCGCCUCAACAGCAGCGAUGGGUCAGCGAAGCGCGUUCCUCUCUCCAUAGUGCCAUUUCAGCUAAUGAAGAGGUGGCGGCGACGACAGCGACAACACAAUCGCUCGAGUUGUCAUCGACGGUGAUGCCGCGCUCUCAUUACGCUGAAGAGGCUGUCGUGGGCGGUGCGGCACGACAAACGCCGCCUUCACCAUUACUGGCACACCCAGCGAUGACCUUCGCAUCCUCCUGCUCGCCGCCGCCAGCGGGCACUGCUGCCUGCCAGGCCGCAUCUCGAGCUGGGGCUGAGCAGCUGACUUCUUACCCUGCCUUAGCCACACCACCGUGUUCGGCUGCCUUCGGGAUGCAGCACUACUCCACAGCAAAGUCGUCUGAAGCGGCGACCGCCGCCAUCCCGACACCGUUUAUCAACUUCCUCAAAGCGUACGGGAUCUACGUGCUCAGCACACACGGAGCACUGAGCGGAGGCGAGAGCAGGCAGCUGCCCAACGAAGCUUCGCCGCACAUGGGCGAGCACGCGGCGCAGACAGGGGAGCCUUCGUGGGGCAGAGUGGAGCUGUCUUCAAUACUCAGCUUCUACCGUGCGCAGCCACUGGCGCGCAUCAUGGAGGCGACAGCAAUUCAGCGGCGCUGCCGUGCUGCGUGGAAGGCGGCCAUCACAUCCAGACCUACCUCUGCAGCACCACAAGCCGUGAAUGACCUGCAGGUGUGCAAGCUGAAGGCAUCUGCGUCGACGACAGUCUUUGAAGAGCUGUGCGUCAAUGAGCUCGUGUCACUGCUAUCUAUAGUGCAUCAUCCAUUGCCGGAGCGAGAGAGGACUGUACCGGGGUGA